CGUGUGAGUAUGAUGGUGAUCCUUUUGAACUGUGUUACCCUGGGAAUGUACCAGCCCUGUGAGAACAUCGACUGCUCCUCAGACCGAUGCCAGAUACUACAGGCCUUCGAUGCGUUCAUCUACAUCUUCUUUGCUAUGGAGAUGGUUGUAAAAAUGAUCGCUCUGGGGAUCUUUGGUCGACGCUGUUACCUCGGGGACACGUGGAACAGGCUGGAUUUCUUUAUCGUCAUGGCAGGGAUGGUUGAGUACUCUCUGGACCUGCAGAACGUCAACUUCACGGCCAUCAGAACAGUGAGGGUGCUGCGGCCACUCAAAGCAAUUAACAGGGUGCCAAGCAUGCGUAUCCUGGUGAACCUGCUGCUCGACACACUGCCCAUGCUGGGUAACGUCCUUCUCCUCUGCUUUUUCGUCUUCUUCAUCUUCGGCAUCAUAGGAGUGCAGCUGUGGGCAGGGCUGCUGAGAAACCGCUGCUACCCCGAGGAGAACUUCACACUCAGUAGCGGAGUCAGUCUCCCUCGGCCUUACUACAUGGCUGAUGAGGAUGACGAGCGUCCUUUUAUCUGCUCCCUUCCUGUUGACAAUGGCAUCAUGUCUUGCUCCGAUGUGCCGGCCCGCCGAGAAGGAGGCAAGACAUGCUGCCUGGACAAAGAUGACAUCCUGUAUCGCCAGUCUAUCGGUCUGAGCCCCGAGCCCCUGGCCAACGGCAGCGUCAGUGUAGCAGGGCUCUGUGUGAACUGGAACCAGUACUACACCAGGUGUCAUACUGGGUACAGCAACCCCCACAAAGGAGCCAUCAACUUUGACAACAUUGCCUUUGCCUGGAUUGUCAUCUUUCAGGUGAUCACUCUGGAGGGCUGGGUGGAGAUCAUGUACUACGUGAUGGAUGCUCAUUCAUUCUAUAACUUCAUCUACUUCAUCCUGCUUAUAAUUGUCGGUUCCUUCUUCAUGAUCAACCUGUGCCUCGUGGUCAUUGCCACCCAGUUCUCAGAGACCAAGCAGCGGGAGCAUCAGCUGAUGCAGGAGCAGCGAGCUCGGUGUUCAUCCUCCUCCACCCUGGCCAGUGAACCUGGGGACUGCUACGAAGAGCUCUUCCAGCUGGUCUGCCAUUUCCUCCGAAAGGCGAGGAGGCAAACUGUUGCCCUUUUUAACACCCUCCGGGGGAAACCUCGUGGCUUUCAUGGUGUUGGAAGAGGAAGAGGAGGCGGGGAAGGAAGGGAGAGGAAGGCCAAUGGACGUGAAGGACGUGACAGAAGAGCGGGGUUAAGACAUGGCCCGCCAUGUCCCCAUCACAACAAACUAGGCCAUGCCUCAUCCGCUGAGCCUGUGGCCCUCACUGCUGCCUCCGCCACAGCCGGCUGCCCUCAGUGCGCGGCAGCGCUGGCGCUCUCUGACGGGGUGGGACCAGUUCGAAAUGCAGCGAGUGACGAAACAGAAGAGGGAACUGUGGAGGAAUCAGACAGGGAUGGUGUACAGUCCAGUACUAAAGGGAAGGACAAACAAGGCCAUGAAGGUGCAGAGUCUUGUUGUAGUCCGAAGAAGGGAUGCAAGGAGCUGUGGUACGAGAUCAGGAUGAAACUGUGGGGCAUCGUGGAGAGCAAGUAUUUUAACCGAGGCAUCAUGAUCGCCAUUUUGAUCAACACCAUCAGCAUGGGCAUUGAGCACCACGAGCAGCCAGAGGAGCUCACCAAUGUUCUGGAGAUCUGCAACAUCGUCUUUACAAGCAUGUUCUCCUUGGAGAUGAUCCUCAAGCUCACAGCUUUUGGCUCUUUCAACUACCUGAGAAACCCUUACAACGUCUUUGAUGGAAUCAUUGUCAUCAUAAGUGUGUGUGAGAUUAUCGGCCAGUCGGACGGUGGUUUGUCUGUUUUGAGGACCUUCAGGCUGCUGAGGGUGCUGAAACUGGUGAGGUUCAUGCCAGCUCUCAGGAGACAGCUGGUGGUCCUGAUGAAGACCAUGGACAACGUGGCCACCUUCUGCAUGUUACUAAUGCUCUUCAUCUUCAUCUUUAGUAUCCUUGGGAUGCACAUUUUUGGAUGCAAAUUCAGUCUUAAGACGGAGACCGGAGACACAGUACCAGACAGGAAGAACUUUGAUUCCUUGCUGUGGGCCAUUGUCACCGUUUUUCAGAUUCUGACCCAGGAGGACUGGAACACAGUUUUGUACAAUGGUAUGGCAGCGACCUCACCGCUUGCUGCUCUGUACUUUGUGGCCCUCAUGACAUUUGGAAACUACGUCCUCUUCAACCUGCUGGUCGCCAUCCUGGUUGAAGGCUUUCAGGCAGAGGGUGAUGCAAAUCGUUCAUAUUCAGACGAUGAUCACUCCUCCUCCAACUUUGACGAGAGUGAAAAACGUGACUCCAUCAAGUUGUCUGACCCGAGGAUCUGCACCCUGACACCAAACGGCCACCUGGAGCUGGGUGCCCUUUCAGCACCCAGGGGAUCCUACUCCUCGGAGAGGCGGAGCUUCACCAUGGAUUCUAGAAAGAGCAGCGUUAUGAGCCUGGGCAAGAGCAGCCUGGAGAGACGCUCCCUCUCCCUGCGCCACGGUGGCAGUUCCAACUACCACAACUGGGGGCGUCCGUUCCCUCCGCAGUCUGGAUGGAGUCGCAGGUCUAGCUCAAACAGCCUAGGUCGAAGGAGCUAUGGGUUCAGCGGAUUACCUCCAGUGGGAGGCAGCCUCCGCUUGCACAGCACCCGCUCGCCCCACUCCUACACCUUUGCGCCAGAGCAGGAGUCCCUUCUUUCCCACCCAGCCCACUCCCAUCAUCCUCUGCCCCCUCAUCAUCCACCUCCGCCCCCAUUUUUCCUCUCCAGGCAUUUUGCUGCAAGGAGAGAUCGGCGGGCUCUUUCCCUCGAACUCCCUGAAUUGUUUCGGGCAGGUGGACAGCCGCCAGGCCUUCCUCCCAUCCACCCAGACGCUGGCAAAAGGAGUGGGUCUGGAGCGGGGGGCUCCAUUACAGGAGGGUCUGUGGCCGGCAGCGGUUUAGGAGUGGAUCACCGGGACUGUAAUGGCAAGGCACCAGGUCCCCACACUCAGCUUAUGGUUGAGGUUUUCCCUCAAGUCAAUGCACGCAAGGACAGAACAGACCUUGAUGAAGAAACAGACUAUAGUUUGUGCUUCCGUAUCCAGAAGAUGAUGGAGGUGUAUAAGCCAGACUGGUGUGAAACCAGAGAGGAGUGGUCAGUCUACAUGUUCUCCCCUCAGAAUAAGUUCAGACUGCUCUGCCAAUCUGUUAUUGCCCAUAAACUCUUUGACUACGUGGUGCUGGCCUUCAUAUUCCUCAAUUGCAUCACAGUGGCUCUGGAGAGGCCAAAGAUUCUUCAAGGUAGCCUGGAAAGACUGUUUCUUACCAUUUCCAACUACAUCUUUACUGCCAUCUUCGUUGGGGAGAUGACUCUCAAGGUGGUGUCUAUGGGUCUGUAUUUGGGGGAAACUGCCUAUCUGAGAAGCAGCUGGAACAUUCUAGAUGGUUUCUUGGUCUUCGUGUCUCUGAUUGACAUCGUAGUGUCCAUGGCGGGUGGGGCUAAGAUCCUCGGGGUUCUCCGUGUGCUCAGGUUGCUCAGGACACUCCGUCCUCUCAGGGUGAUCAGCAGAGCUCCAGGACUGAAGCUGGUGGUCGAGACCCUAAUCACGUCCCUCAAGCCCAUCGGCAACAUUGUCCUCAUCUGCUGUGCCUUUUUCAUCAUCUUUGGCAUCCUUGGUGUUCAGCUUUUCAAAGGAAAGUUCUACUACUGUGUGGGUCUCGAUGUGAAGAAUAUCACCAAUAAAUCUGACUGCCUGGCUGCCAACUAUCGAUGGGUUCACCACAAAUACAACUUUGACAACCUUGGACAGGCUCUUAUGUCCCUGUUUGUGCUGGCAUCAAAAGAUGGCUGGGUCAACAUCAUGUACCAUGGACUAGAUGCAGUGGGAAUUGACCAGCAGCCGAUGAUCAACAACAACCCAUGGAUGCUGCUCUACUUCAUCUCCUUUUUGCUGAUUGUCAGCUUCUUCGUCCUUAACAUGUUUGUGGGUGUGGUCGUGGAGAACUUCCACAAAUGUCGGCAGCACCAGGAGGUGGAGGAGGCCAGAAGACGUGAGGAGAAACGCCAGCGUCGCAUGGAGAAGAAAAGGAGAAAGGCACAGAAGCUGCCCUACUAUGCAUCUUAUGGUCCUACACGCCUGGCUAUCCAUGCUCUGUGCACCAGCCACUACCUGGAUCUGGUCAUCACCUUCAUUAUCUGCAUUAAUGUCAUCACCAUGUCUCUGGAGCACUACGACCAACCACAGUCUCUGGAGACUGCAUUAAAGUACUGCAACUACUUCUUCACGUCCACGUUCGUGAUCGAGGCCUCUCUCAAACUGGUAGCUUUUGGCUUUCGGCGCUUCUUCAAGGACAGGUGGAACCAGUUGGAUUUGGCCAUUGUGCUGUUGUCAGUGAUGGGCAUCACCCUGGAAGAGAUUGAGAUCAAUGCCUCGCUCCCCAUCAACCCCACCAUCAUCAGGAUCAUGAGGGUGCUCAGGAUAGCACGAGUGUUGAAGUUGUUGAAAAUGGCAACGGGGAUGAGAGCUCUUCUUGACACCGUGGUCCAAGCUCUGCCUCAGGUGGGGAACUUGGGCCUACUCUUCAUGUUGCUGUUUUUCAUCUAUGCUGCUCUGGGUGUGGAGCUGUUUGGAGAACUAGUGUGUAAUGCUGACUACCCCUGUGAAGGAAUGAGCCGCCAUGCUACCUUUGAAAACUUUGGAAUGGCCUUCCUUACGCUCUUCCAGGUUUCAACUGGCGACAACUGGAAUGGCAUCAUGAAGGACACCCUGAGAGAGUGCCCGCCUGAUCGUCCAGGAACCGACUACGGCUGUCAUGCCGGACUGCAGUUCAUCUCCCCGAUGUAUUUCGUGUCAUUCGUGCUCACAGCUCAGUUCGUACUGAUAAACGUGGUGGUUGCCGUGCUGAUGAAACAUCUAGACGAUUCCAACAAGGAGGCACAGGAGGAUGCCGAGAUGGAUGCAGAGAUUGAAUUGGAGUUGGCCCAGGGAGGCCUGUGCUGCAUGAUGGGAGGCAUCGGAGCUAUCGCUGGGGCCACCGUUGCCACUGCGAGCGGGGCAGGCGUAGGUGGCGGAGUGUCUGGCGCAAUUACAGCGGGAACAGUCGGAGGCCCAAGUAGCGGAUUGAUGGCACCACUUCGAGAUGGAGGAGGAGGGAGCGCUACUCAUGAGGGACACACUCACCCUCGAUGUCGCCUCUACUCCCCUGCACAGGAGAGCCAGUGGCUGGACAGCGUCUCUCUGCUAAUUAAGGACUCGUUAGAAGGAGACCUGAUCGACAAUCUCUCCGGUUCAGUUUUUCACCACUACGGCUCUCCUCCUAUCUGCAAAGACUGCAAGAGUCACCCUCAAGAGGUCCGACUGGCAGAGGUGGAGCAGGCAUCGCUGAUGUCAGAGCAGCUGUCCGACAAGUCAUCGUCUCCAGCUCUGCCUGAUGACCUGAGUUUGGAUGAAAACAGCAGCUACCAGCUGCUGGUCAGAGACAGCCAGAGGGGCAGCAGUGACUCCCGCAGUUCGGAAGAGUUGCCCAGACAGGCGGGUUACAGAGGGCUUCGUCCCUCCAGCUCAGGAAGCGAGGAGGGUGUUCAGGGGCUGUUUGAAGUGGGCAUCCAUCAUCAGUGCAAUCCUGCCUCACCGGAGCAGAAAAGCCCUGCACAUGACAAAGAUGAUGAUGGAGGAAGCUGCAGUGGAGGUGCUCGUGAAACUUCACCAGUCUUGCAUCUACCGGCAGAUUUCUUCCACCCAGCUGCUGCAGCUCAUCCAAACAGUCCUGGAAACAGCGUAAGCCCAGGAGACAGACAGCCUUCCAGGUCGGCCUCCCCAGCCUCCUGGGCGUCCCUCCGCUCACCCAGAGCCAACAGCAGGCCGUUGGGCUCCCAGCACCCGUCCCACAGUGACUCCUCUUUGGCCACAGCCAGUUCAGAGGGCAGCCUGCAGGCAGCACUGGAAGAAGGGCUGAGCUUCAGCGUCUCCUCACCUCGAUAUCUGGAUCUCCCCACACCCCACCUCUGCCCUGUCCCCAGCCACCCCUCGCAACGCCAGACACCGACUACAGGAGACCAGGGCUGCUCUUUACUAAAGAGACACAGUACUCCUUUGACCCUCCAAGCCACCCGGAGGCACCAGAGGAGCCAGAGCAGCAGCAGAGGCGGCAGCACCAGCCCCGGUUGCCCCCAGCAGGACUCCGUGGACCCGUCAGAUGAGGAUGUUGGCACGGGGACAAACCGGGAUGACUGCCGUCAAACCUUCAGCAGCGAGCACCUGUCAGAAACACUGAACAGUCUCUCCCUUACGUCACUGUUUACCCCGGACUCUUUGGCACCCCCGCUGGUGAAGAAAUGCAACAGCACAGGGUCUCUGGACCUAACGAAUCUGUCUGCCCGGAGUAAAGAUGGCCACCACUUUCAUGGCAUACACGUCCAUGGUUUCUUAUCCAACCCCUUGACAGAGGGAAUGGCAAGAGGUGAAGAGCAAGACAUCACAGGCCUCAGCAUGAAAAGCAGGCGUCAGACCGCAGACACAUGCUCCAGGAAAAACAGAUGAAACACUUGUUGCCUCUCUGUAGUGGAACUCUUUAACCAUUUGCAUUUCUGGACCUUGAACAGAACAGGGAGAGAUUUUUAAUACACGUCCUGUGAACCUGAAUCUGAAAUUCUCUCUUGUCUUUAUUAAAUCAUUCGUUCUCUCUCUCUCUCUGUUUAGGAUCAGUCAUUUCUCAAAAGAUUCCAGUCGCUUCUGAGUUUUAGCAUCAUUUCUCUUACACAGGAUAUACGAUUGCUCUUUGCUAGGUCUGUACAAUAAUGUCAAGGAGCUCAGCUUUUGUGUUAACAGGACUGAGCCUUUGAGAUGUGGCAGAUCCUGGGUUUUAUAUUAUAGCCAUCUUGAGAGAAUAUUCAGAAAGCCAUUACAGAGACAGCCCUGAAAAUUGCAGUGAUUUGUGAACAUUACAAAGGCGGUGUUUUCUAGACGAAACUGUUAAGAAGUUCAAUCCUCUCUAAGGACCGGGUUCACUUUACUCAAUGCGGCCUGAACCAUUGUCCAAAAACCCUGUUGUCAAAAUUGGACGGAUGGCAAACUCGGAAGCUUCUUUUGAGGAAGAACUGAACUUUGUACAGUUUUCUUUUCGUGUUUUUUUGUAAUGUCCAUGGCUAAUAGUAGCAUCAACCUUUUUUUUUCUUUGGAAGAUUUGGCGGGUGAUGGAAAAGUUGUCUUUUGUUUUGUUUUUUCCAACUUCAACAUUUUGAAGUUGCGUGAAUGUACCCGCUUCUGUCUCCAUUUGUGAGAAAGAGGGAGACCAAGACAAGCAAUGAGCCUAGCCAGUCUGAACAGUGACAGAUGGCCUCUUUGAAAAGAAGAAGACUGUGAAUGCUGCUGAGAAUGCGUGUGGGUAAUUCAUGGAAGCAUUGGCCACUUUCAGAGUGGACUCUGUAUUUUUUGCUUUCUGCACACCCAUGAAAGGGCUAAAAUGUAUUUAAGUGUAGACCUGGGCCAAAUACAAUUGACAAAUAAUCUUUUGCUACUAUACCUAACACCACGUUUGACAAUGGCACAUCCAUUCCUUAAUCAGACCUCUCUGAUGCUAGUAAUGUAAAACAGCUUUGAAGCUAAAGUGAGCACUGACUUGGGAGACUGGAAGUUGGAUGCUAAGUUAAAUGUCUUUAAGACUUCCAAGCACCAGCUUCCUGCUGACCACUGAAUCAGAGCCUAUAGAAGUAUACUGAGUCAUACCAAAACAAAAGAAGAUUUCCAAAAAUUGAAGUUAAUCUGAUUGGUUAUCUGAUAAACUUUCAGGAUGAUAACUAAGUCCCAAAAGCCCCGUCUGUCUAUACAAGUCAGUGUCCCCAACAACACACAGUUCCUGUUCUGGCCAGCAACCAUAUUAAUGUUACAUGAUGCUCGUCUGCACAGUGAAAGUGUAUGCCACAUCCAGCCGAUUGACCUCCUACAGCUGGUACUCGUUUGCACUGCUGCUGCUCCUGGUUUGGACGCACAAACAACUGAAACAUUGUGGAAAAACAUGGUCAAGUAAUAUUAAUGCGAUGUUCCAGAUGUACACCACACUCAAGUAAACUGGUCAGGACUCCAGUGAACCUCAUCAGUCAUACUGCCCUGUGUCCUGGGUGUGUGUAUAAACGUUGGUAGUAAGUGUAGUGAGUGUGAACGUAGCAAAAAAAAGAAAACUUUGAACUUUUGGCUGGCAUAGGCUUGUUAAGUUGUACUUUGAACAAAGUGUCUAUCUUUGGAUAGGCUCUGCUUUUGUACCCGCAGCCUUAGCCCGCUGACACGCCGCCACCUCUUCAGUUCUAUUAUUGUCACGAGUACAGGCCCUUGUUUGAGUGCCCUGUGGCAGGGCUAAUCACUAGGUUGGUAACACGUCAAUAGACCGUCCCUCGUUUGAGUCACCCAGAAGCACUCCUGUUUCAGUCUGAAACAAAAGAGCACCUAUUGUCUUAUACGUGCGUGCUGUUCUCUGGGCCGGGUGUUGGCAUUUGAAGCAAACCAGACGAGAUUUAACGCAGUAUUUAAAUCCUUCCGCCUGUUUUAAAUGUACCUGAGUCUCUCAGUAGUGGAGCAGGCUGCCUGGCAUGUGCAUGGGAAACCCAAGGGAUGGUUUCUUCUUAAAGAGUCGGUGUACAGAUUAGCGGGAAUUCAGCAAAUGGAAAUCACUGUUUUGUUUGCUGCUUUAAACCCAAAUGUUUAUUUGACUCAGGUCUGCUUGAGUGUAGCAAGGCAGUAGAAAAAAAAUAUAUACUAUGACAAGCAAUGUGGUCCACGUGGAUGUAGUUUGAGCACAUGUUUGUAAUUUUAUCAAAUUGUGAUGAUCAUCAUAGAAUAAAUCCCGAGCAGGUAGACCUCAGGUGGACCUAUAUGCACCUCAUGCAUUGCAUCAGCACAUAUAGCACACACACACAUCCUGAAGCACAUACACACACACGCAUAUCACACAAAGAUGUCAGCGUCAAAACACUGCAGGAUGCUUCUGUGGCUGUUUGAGAAGAGGCAGAAGAAACCUCGGUGUUUAAUCUCUUUCUCUACUUUGUCUUCAUUCCCCUUCUUACUCCCAUCCAAUCCUAUUAUCUCCUUUCCACAAGAAGCCAGAGUACUAAAUGACUAUUGACUACCCACCUCUAAUCGAGAUAUGCAAUAUGCUACAGUAGAUGUACAGUUAGAUGUAUGGGAUUCAUAGAGGUAGGCAAUAUGGUGAGAGAAGAUUAUAUUUAUGAAUUCAUGUAUUCGAAUAAAAUGUCACCAAGAUUCAAAGGUCACUGAAAGGAUGAUGUAUUCAUGUAUUCCAGAGUGUGUGUUCUCUCUUUUUUCCCUCCAUCUCCUCGACACGGUUUUCUUUUUCCCAAAUGCAUGUAGGUUAUUUUUGUUUUCCAAAAUGUCAUUCUAGUGUCAUAUAAAAGUGAGAUAGCUUUUCAACAA